AUGGUUCUAAGAAAAUUAUUUCAAAGAUAUCGCAAGACUGAACCAACACCAAUUUUUAUAUUUAGACUUUUCGUGUUAACACUACUUUUAAUCGGUUUAAUUGGAUACACUUGGUUUGUGAUUUUGGGCGUUUAUAGUGAUAAUCCAGUCACUCAGAAUUCCUUGAUAGAGGAAAACUCUUUUCUUGUUCCUCAGCUUACACUACUUAUUAUUGGCCUAGAAACGAAUAUUACUUGUAACUUUAAGAAUGCUAAUGGCAUCCAAGAUUGCACACAAUAUGUAACGCAACUACAUAGUUAUAAAAAGUCUAGUGCCGGUGAAGAAUAUGCGGGAAAUUUUUCUGCUCCUGGAUUAUUAUUUUCUAAAAUGCCCAAUAAUGGAAUAAGUUCAAUGGAAUUUAAUAUUUAUUUUAAAGAUCCUACCAUUAAUGCAAGUGAUUAUUAUACUCUACCAAUUUUCACAACUACGUUGUUAGAUGCAGCUACUGCUGAAGAUAACUAUAUUCAAUCAGUAUUCUCAUCUCAAAAAGAUUUACUUGGCUCAAAUUCAAGAUUACUGGACUCCUUUGAUUUUCUGAAUUCCUAUAGAAUGUCAGCAUACAAUUCUUAUAAAUUUAAAUUAACAAGAAGAAGAAAAGACAUUAUGCUUCAAAGUUGGCAAAAUUAUAUGGGAUUUUCAUCUAACCUUUUAAAAAUAUCAUAUUUUACAUCGACAGUGGCGUUGUUUCUACAAAUGUCAAUUGAACAACCAACAUACACUGUUCAAGUUGAGACAGAAAAAAGAAACAAAACUGUUAUAUCUUCUAUUGGCUUAAUUGGAGGUGCAUGGGGAUUUGCCGCAACCAUUUAUGCAUUGUUUUUUGGCACCAUUUCUAUUAAACCAUGGGGAUAUGUUCAGAAAUAUGGAUUCGGAAUAAAUCGUUCAGUACAAACCGAAUUGAAGGAUAGUUUGGAAUGUAUUCCAUUAGUCAAUCGUCCAAAAUCCACAUCUUUAAAUAGUUACGACCUGAAAAGAAGACUUGAUUCAUUGCAAUUGUUUUUAACUGAAUAUGUUGUUGACGUACGAUAUUUUGAAGAGAUUCAUAAAUCUAAUGUAAAUAAACAUAAAGGGCCUAUGCUAGAUUUGCGACUUUCGCGCCGUCUUUCUGAUAAUAAGAAUGCAAUAAGAGAUAUCAUUCCAAUAGGUAAACCAUUAUUAGAUGAAAAAUUUGAAGCACAAUCGGGGAUUGUUUAUCUUCCUCCAUAUGGUGGAAUAUGGUAUAAUUGUACUACUGAUUUUGCGACUGUCAGAAAUCAAAGUAUUAGUAUUAAAACUGUUGAUUAUUCGUUACCUGUAACUGCUGGACUCGGUUAUUACUCAUUGGGAAGAUAUUCUGAAGAUCGCAUCCAAGGUAUCGGUUUUUUCGUAUAUUCAUACUCUGGAACUACGAAUUAUGGGUCGUCUAUCUCUUCAGAUGCAAUUAAUACGCCCAGUAAUCUUACCUUUUAUUGUGAUACAAUUGAAUUUUCUACUACUCAAUGCGAUGAAAAUUUUAAAGGGCUCCCUUCACCAGAUGAAAAAAAUAAACAGUGGUGUAUAUCUAUAACAAAUCCAUUUAAUAAUAGUCAAAAAGUCAAUGUAUCAAUUAUUCCUGAUUUAACUUCCACAAAUUCAAAUAUCAUCACUGCAAAUUAUAUAACAAACGGUUGUGAAAUGGUUAAUAAUAUAAAUAGAAAUUAUUUUUUAUUGAUUUUGAAUAUUGUUGUACGCAUUGAUUAUUAA